AUGCGGCUUCACAAAGCAAAGGAGCAUCAAAAACAAUGCAGCGUCUCACUGUUAGUUGAAGAGGAAAAUGUUGUGGAUUACGACACGUAUCACGAUGCUCUGGCGGCUUCCACCUCCACCCCGCUGCUCUGGGAUAGCGACACGAGGUCAUUGAGAGAGCAAUUCAGGGCCACAAUCCCUGAAAAGCAACACCGUCACUACUUACCACAUGAACGGCAGAAGAUGGAGCGGUACGAGUCUGUUGACACCUACGAGCCCUCAACGACAGUGUACAAAGACCAUCUGGAAAGCCGAAGUCAGGAGCCUCGGUGGUUUAUAUGGGUUUUUGUGUUUGGAUUGGGCGUCACGUCGAGUGCUGUCGCCAUCGUGGUGGUGUCUUUGCUGCAUGUACUGAAUGGCCUGCGGUAUGAAUUGUUGGCCUUUGGCCUUCGAGGAUUCUCUUUUAACGAUCUGAACCGGUAUGCGCAAGAGGGGAUGUCAAACCAGACGGGAUUAGACAUCGCCGCAUUGUUGCAAGGCAGUGGCGUGGGUCUGUAUGGCAUCGAACCACGCUCCUAUACCAAGGGGUACUUAAUGUGGGUAGCUUUUAGCCUGAUCAUGUCUCUGCUGUCAAGUUUCAUUUGCGCCCUUGUCCCCGAGAGUAUCGGAUCAGGGUUACCCGAAGUAAUGGCUUAUCUGAAUGGUGUUCACUACCCCACGCUGAGCAGUUUCCGGGUGCUCCUUGCCAGGGUGUGUGCCAUCAUAUUCAGUGUUUCCAGUGGUGUCUGUACAGGUCAUUUUGGUACUCUGAUUCUGUCGGGUGCGAUGCUCGGUGCACAGGCCCUCCAAAGGCGUCGUUAUUUCCGUUGUGACUGCGUAAAUAUUAUUGACUGUUUUCGCAAUCCACGUGAUCGCCGAAGUAUUAUUGUGAUUGGCGCCGCAGCUGGAGUGGCAUCUGCCUUUAGCGUUUCUAUUGGAGGGCUGAUGGUGGUUGUGGAACUUAUUCCCACCAUCCUUCCUGUUCGGUUUGCACUCUACGUCUUUGUUGCGUCCCUCAUAUCUUCACUAACACUGCAGGCCUACUUUUCAUACUUUUCCUACUUUGACCUUCGUGAUCGAAAUUCAUAUCCCCGGGGGGAAUUGAUGUCGGAGAUGGUGCAGUCGUUUGCAUCGAGUGUGCCAUUUGAAGGUCUGGUGCGGAUGCACAUUAUCUACUUUCUUCCAGCAGUUGGCAUUGGGCUCCUGUGUGGUGUUCUUGCUGGCGUGUAUGUUCGAUUGAGUUGGAUAGCCUUGGUUCUCCGGCGUCGAAUGGAGAAGCGACUACAUACGAAAGCCAUCCGCUAUUUGUUACCGGUUGUGUUUACGGUGGUGUACAUUACACUUAACUACUGGGUUGUUGUUGCACUUGGAAGUGAUGGUUGGUCGCCAUCGUCAUUACCUGCUUCUCCGACGUGCAACACCACCGACGAUGAGUUAUCACUCAAUUUGAAACAGCAAGAUCACCAGUAUCAUGAAUUGUCGUUUGCGUUACAUGAAGCGGGAAGCGAGUCGUCUUCCUUCAUGAGCACCGGGACGGUGGGUUGGCCGUGCGUUGGCGUUCCCUUGACUGUGCUCGCCACCCGAAAUGUCUCCACUGUUGCCUAUUACGGAGCUAAUGGUUUUUUCUGCGCAGCGCUGAACACCGAAACGAAUCUCACCUUGAAGACACAAGAAAAGGCACAGAUGUUAAGCGUGUUACACUCGUACGCUUCCCUCGCUUUCGCCAACGCCGACUCCGCGGUGCAAACUCUCUUAAGUUGGCGGACAGAAGAAAUGCUGCAGGCACCUGUACUUGCCAUAUUUCUCGUGAUUUACUUUAUUGCUUCUGCCCUGUUUCUAGGCGUCUCAUUGUGUGGUGGCACCUUGUUACCUGGUCUUGUUGUUGGUGCUGCAAUUGGUCGACUGGUUGGCCUUGGUGUCUUCUUUGCGGAGGCAUCUGUUGUGAAGAGCGGUGUGCGUUCAACGUGGGCAGAUCCCGGUUGCUUUGCCCUCAUCGGUGCCGGUAGUUUUGUCGGCGGUACGACAGGUCUUACUUUUUCCAUCUGUACCAUUCUAAUGGAGACCACUGGUGACUUUCAACACCUCCUUCCACUUAUGAUGGGCAUAACAAUCGCCAAAAAGACGGCGGAACUCUUCACGCAUAAUAUCAAUGCUAUGAUCCUCGAGGCGCGAUGUGUGCCGAUGCUCGAUUUUGAGAAUCAGCUGCACAAGUAUCCUAUGUAUGAUGCCCGUCAUGUGAUGGCACCGCAUGUGGUGACGCUGGAGACAGUGUGUACCCUUCGUCGUAUCUUUGAGGUACUGCACAGUACGCGCCACAAUGCAUUCCCGAUAGAGAGCGUGCAGGACCGGACGUACAAGGGCAUCAUUGUGCGUCAGCAAUUGGAGAUUCUCCUAUGGCACACACAUUUCGCACACUUGCCCUCUACUUGCACCUAUGAGAUUGGGAAGAAGGUAGAGGCUCGCCUGUUUCACGACGGUCUGCUUGGCACCUUGCCAUCAUUGGAAAAGAAGCUAGAUAUUCGCAUGGACCUCUCUCCUUACAUUGAUCACUCGGGGUUCUGUGUGCUUGAUACAACAACGCUUCCACGAGCUUACACUAUGUUCCGAACGCUGGGUCUACGCCAUCUGACUGUGGUAAACAGGGACAAUCGCAUUGUUGGGAUUAUCACGAGGAAAGAUCUGGUGUCUGACCGUAUUAUUGAGGCCAUCAGUGCCGCUGAAGAGACCCGCCGUUUGUUAAUGGAAGCGAGACGCCGCACGGGUCCAGAAUUUCCAGCAGAUGUUGGGAUAAGCCAAAACAAGAAUAACAACAGGGAUGAUGUCGGUGUUUGUCUUGUCGGUGCGCCAGGUUCUCUUUGUUCCACAAGGUCUCUCGUGAAGGGCCUACGGCGCGAUGAACUCGAUGAUGAGUCGUACCGCUUGGAUGAGUGGAUCCUAAUGAGUAGAGACAAUGGCACUGGUGAAGACGACACAUCUUCGAUGGAGACGCUGAUGCAUCCCAGCCCAUCGUGGGUUUCUGCCAUUCGCGCGCAAGCUAAGAAGAAAAGAGAACCAUCGUUUGCAGUACCGAACACCCCCUUUGGGCCAUCCGAUGCAAACAGCACUGAGCAAGAGGCAUUGCUUUCGCCCACGUUGAGGAUCGGUUUGCGUGAAGGGUAUGCUUGCCCCACGAAGGAUACCACGUCUGGAAAGCCGCUGCCAGUAAAUCGGCCAGGUUAUCACGCAUUGUCGCCCUCUGCCCGCAUGUUCAUGGCGUCCUCGGUGGAGUAUAUGGAACAAUGA